GCCCCCCUCCCAUUCUCGGCUCCUGGCCGACGGGCCCCGCGGCAGCCGCGCUCCGCCGCCGGCGCCGCCCCGUGGCUUGUCGGCAAUGGCCACCGCCGCCGCCUGCAGGCACCGCGCGCGCCGCGGCGGCGCGGCGGCCGCCGCCCCAUGGCCCGCCGCCGGGACCGAGGCGAGGCGGAGAGGGUACGCCGCGGGGCCGGGCGCGCGGAGCAGGCGACCGCUCCUCGUGCUCGCGCUCCUGGGCCUCUGCCGCGCCGCCGCGGCGGAGGAUGCGGCGGCUGCGGGCGAGGCGGAGGGCUCCUUUCGACUCGGAGCCCGAGCAGAUGAGCAUGGAGGAUGCCGUGCUGACCCUGAUGAAGAGCCUGAAGAAUCUGAAGGAGAUCGAGAAGAGGGACGGCCUCUCCGACAACGCCAGGUCGCAGCUGGACGCGCUGAAGGGCAAGUUGUCGGGCCUGGGGCUCGAUCCCGAGGAGCUCGAGCGCACCGCCGCCGGGGAGGGGGGCGGGCAAGGCGGCCUGCUGCCCAAACCCUCCAUGAAGGGCGGGCUGCUGGCGCUGAUACCCAUGGGCGCCAUGGUGCUAUUCCUCGGGAAGAAGUUUUACGACAUGCAGCAGCGGCAGUUGGGCGAUGCCGACAGGAAGAAAAAAAAGAAGAGGGACGGCCCAAAGUCAAAGUAG